UUAUUCAGGGUCCGUUCUAGGAAUUCGUCCAAUAAACUCGUUGCUAAAACUGAUCAAGUGUUUCAAGAUGGCUGCUCUCAGGGAGGAAGUGUGACUUUAGUUUCCAUGCGGUAUAUGUUAAAAUUCGAGUCAGCACUCCAAGGGAGAACCAGCCAACUGACAACUACAUCCUGCAGUGUUCUUCCUGUCCUCUCUUGGAACAUAGCCAGAUCAUGCAAACUGAUAUACAUAUGAGCGAAUGGCAAAAGAAUUACUUUAUUGUUACCUCUGAUACUUCUACACCAGAACAAAAAGCAGAUGCAUAUCGUUCACAAAUUUUACAUAUUCAGCAUGCAUGGGCAAACUCAGAUAUUUCCCGAGAUUGUGCUGCCAACCUUUUCAAAACAUAUGUAGAAAAAUAUUCUGAAAUUAUUGAUUCUGACAAUAUAGAAAGAGGCUUGAAUAACUAUGCUAAAGAUAUUUUGACUAUGGUAAAAUAUCAGCAGAAUGAAAGUGACAAGUGGCAGUCUGCUUUGACAACAGAAAAUUUGAUGGAAUUGAAGUGUGUUCAAGCAAUGAUGCGGUCUGGAAAAAAGUUUGAGAGGCCUCUGAAGGCGCAAGUAGAUAUAUCCAUUGAUAAACAGGUCACUGAGUCUGUUUCUUCAAAUGUUCCCAAUUUUACUUUUUCAAGUGGUCAUGGAGAAUCUAUGGUUGGAGCUGGUUUGUCAAAUUAUGUAACUCAAGAAACAGAGAUUUGUGAGAAGCCAUCAACUUCAAAGUGUUAUCAAAAUGAUAUAUUCUCCUUGCCUAAAGCAGGAGUUGCAUGUUCUGUUUUGCCUGUGACUAUGAAUGAUGUGUCUUCUAGAACCCUGAUUAGAAAUAAUCAACCAGCAUUUAAUAGUUCUCUGAUGUCCACAAGUAAUUCUCGUUCAGGGCAAGAUUUAUCUUCUGCUCAGUCUGCUUUCCCUGCAAGAAUGGGCAAUCUGGGAAAAAGGAAAACAUUUGCUGUGUCUAGUGAAGAUAACAAUAAUAUAUCUUCUGGUUCCAUUCAUAAGUUGAUUCCUAUCGAAGGGUCAAACAUUCCAUGGAAUGAAAAGAAAAAUAAUGAAAACAAAGCAUCUGGUUUCAAAACUGCAAAAGAACAGCUGUGGGUUGAUCAGCAAAAGAAAGUCCAAAAUCAAUCCCAGCAUGCCCCAUUACCAUCUUACGGGGGUACAAAGAAAUCUUUGGGAGCUGGAAGAUAUCGUGGUCCAUUUGGAAAGUUUGUUCCUCCACUGCCCAAACAAGAUGGAAAUGGGAACACAGGAAUGCCAUGUAAAUCAUAUGGGACUGAAUCUACAGAGCUGACUUAUCCAAUAGAUGAAAGGUUAAAGAAUAUAGAACCUAAAAUGAUAGAACUUAUAAUGCAUGAAAUCAUGGACCAUGGGCCUCCAGUAAACUGGGAUGACAUAGCUGGAGUUGAGUUUGCAAAAGCAACUAUCAAGGAAAUAGUAGUGUGGCCUAUGCUGAGACCAGACAUUUUCACUGGAUUACGAGGGCCUCCAAAAGGAAUUCUUCUGUUUGGUCCUCCUGGAACAGGGAAGACUCUUAUUGGCAAAUGCAUUGCCUGCCAGUCUGGGGCUACAUUUUUCAGCAUCAGUGCAUCCUCACUGACUUCCAAGUGGGUUGGUGAAGGAGAAAAAAUGGUUCGUGCAUUGUUUACAGUGGCACGCUUUCAGCAGCCAGCAGUAAUUUUCAUUGAUGAAAUUGAUUCUCUCUUAUCCCAGCGUGGAGAUGGAGAACAUGAAUCUUCCAGAAGAAUAAAAACUGAAUUCUUGGUCCAGUUAGAUGGAGCAGCUACUUCUUCUGAAGAUCGCAUAUUAGUUGUAGGUGCAACCAACCGACCACAAGAGAUUGAUGAGGCUGCCCGAAGGAGACUGGUGAAGAGACUCUACAUUCCACUUCCUGAGGUUUCUGCCAGAAAGCAGAUAGUGUCUCGUCUAAUGUCAAAGGAACAUUGUUCCAUAACUGAAGAGGAAAUUGAUCUCAUUGUUAAGAAAUCAGAUGGUUUUUCUGGGGCUGAUAUGACCCAGCUUUGCCGAGAGGCUUCUCUAGGUCCUAUCCGCAGCCUUCAAUCUCUUGACAUUACCACUAUUAGACCUGAACAAGUACGAACUAUUGCUUUUCAAGAUUUUGAGAAUGCUUUCAAAACUGUUCGACCCAGUGUGUCUUCUAAAGAUCUAGAAUUAUAUGAAACUUGGAAUCAGAUGUUUGGGAGUGGAAGAUAAGAAGAAUUAAUUUGUGUGCAUAUUCAGUUUUGAAAUAUUAAUGAUAUUCUAAUAAAUUUGAGAAAACUAGAUUUUUUUAAAGAUAA